CUCCUCCACUCAAAACGGAGCCAUAUGAGGUGAACCUGCUUUACUAGCGGUCACAGUGGAUGCAUUGUGGUAGUCAGCUAACGGUGGCAUAACAUCUUACGAUGAUAUCGGCUAGCCUGGUGGCUGGUUAGUUAUUUGUCACCACAGCCUUCAAAAAAUUUAGGUAGCUAGCUGGCUGUCUGCCUAGGCCGAUGUUACUGGCGGAAGAGAGGAUACAUUUAUUUUCUUCCAUCAUGUCGAAGUCGUUCCGUUAUUUUUAGCUAGCACUGCAGGCUAGGGUUAAAGUUAGCUUGCAGCUAAUAGCGGCAAGUAAAGCGUGACUAAUCGGUCUGUUGUUCAAAAAACAAUACUAAUGGAACAGUGGCAGGAAGCGGCCUCUGAGCAGUUCAAGCUGGUUACAAAUCGUCUGAAUGAACUGCUGUCCAAAGGCCUGGGGCUGUUGCGCUCCGAGUUCGGUUUGGAUUUGGGACUGAAGCCUGAGCUUAUACCGCCAUGGGUGAUCCUCUUAGCGGCAUGCACCGGACUAGUGCUAAUGUUCGCCCUGUGGGCCGCAGUCUACCGGGCUGUCUUCAAGAAACGAUCCACUGUAAGCCCUGUGGACGACGGCAUUGAAGUAAAGCGAGGUGUCAGUAAACCAGUCAAGUCCGAGGAACCGAAGAGAAAGAAGAAGAAGGCGGAAAAGGCACGUAAUAAAGCCCAGUCAAAUGGGAGAGCUGUUGCUGAACCACAGGAAGAAGCCAUACUUUCGGAAGAGAUAGUGCCACAUCACCAGCCGCCCCCAUCAGAAGUCAAGGCUGAGAAGGUUGCAGAGGGAAAGAAAUCUAAGAAGAAGGCCAAACAGACUGUAAAGGAGGUAAAGACGGUGACUACAGAUGGAAAAGAACCAGAAGAAGGCACAUGGGAAACCAAGGUCAGCAACAAGGAGAAGCGUGAGCAACGCAAGAAGGAUAAAAGUUCCAGUGAUGGCUCAGCCAGUCCUGGAGGAGGGGCCACUCCUGUGAGCACUCCCCCAGGGCAACCCAAGGCCCCUGCAGCUUCUGGGUCUACCAACCAGAAGAAGAAAAAAGGAGAAUCUACAAAAGUGAAGGCAGAGAAGGUUGAAGCUAUUGUACCUCAAGUUAACAAUAAUGAGGUGGCAGCAGCAUCUGUUGGUGUGCCUGAUGUGACUGUAAAAGUUCCCGCCCACACGGUUCCUAAGAGGACAGAUCCCUGGACAACCAGCAGAGAGAAAGAGUCACUGUGGAGUGGGGAUAUUAAUGAGUCGUGGACGGUUAUUGAAAAGGGGAUUCCCACAGCUGAGCGAAAUCUUGUGUCUUUAGCUGGACUCAGUGCUGAGCCUGUGAGGGACCUGUCCUGGCUCAGUCAGCCCCGAGUGGACGACGAGUGGUCUGGACUCAAUGGUGGCUCAGUCGACCCCAGCUCUGACUGGAACGCCCCCUCUGAAGUCUGGGGCAACUAUGAAGAGCCGACUUCUGAGCCCCCUCCGGCUCAGGAGCAGCCCCUCCCUGAGCCCACCAAGGUUAAUCUGCUGAUUGGGGCCGCUGACGACGAUGAUGAUGAGAAGGACAAAGGAGAGGCCGCUGUUGAUGGGGCAGCUAAAACUAAAAAGAAGAAAAAGAAGAAGAAGAAGGCUCCUGAAGAGGCAGCUGGGCAGGGUGAGGAGCCAGAGAAGGAGGCGGCACCUGUAGCCUCGGUGAAGAAGCAGCCACCUGUUCAGGAGAACACUGCUGCCGUCCCGCCUGUCAAGGCAGCUGCUGUGGAGACCAGAGUGGAGCAACAAGUGAAGGACAACAUAUCCCAGAAACCCCCUGUCACACAAGUGCCACAGAAGCCAAGUGAUGGUGAGCCCACCGCCAAGCAGAACAACCUCUCUGCUCCAGUACAACAAAAAAAACCUGAGGAGAGCCAAGCACCCAAGCCGGCAAAGAAGAAGAAGGCGAGGAGAGAGACAUGAGACCGAGUCCACUCUGCAGACCUCUGUAUGCAAAAGACUUCAUAUCCUGUUUAUGCAACACCUUUUCUGAGAUGAACUUCGAUCUAAGGUCUUCAUGAUGGACUUAAACCUUAAAACCUGUCUGGAAAUUGAAACAACUUUUAUACACGUUGAGUGUCAGCCGAUGGAUCAUUGAAAACUGAAACUAGAUGCAGUGCAAUCUAAUGUAAUGCGGUGUUAAUGAUUUUUACGUAUGCAUUUGAUACUCUUGAUUCUGUCUUCUAAUUCCACUGAAUCAAAUAACUGAUUGAAAGAGCUGUAUUGUAGUAAUUAGACAUGUAGAAAAUACUGAUCAUGUUUAGAAAUUCGAUGUUGUGGCUAACGACUGGAGUUUACUGUGUAGAGAAUGAAAACGGUCAACAUACAUCAGGUCACACAACUCUGGGCCACAACGAUCAACUGGCCUUUGCUUUUGAUGUCGUCUUUGUUUUUGCUCUUUGUGAGACAUGAAGGUACAGUGAGCACCGUUGGACAAACAGUGGAGAGAUUAAAUGUUAAUUUCGCAUCAACGGUUUUGGCUCAGCGGUGUGUAAACAUAUGUGACUUAAAUGAGAGGUCGGGUGCAGAAAAGGGAAUCACGUACGCUUUGCAUUCUUGUUUGGGACUGCAACAUUUCAGUUGAGUCAGUCCAUCUGGUUUGUCCCUUGUCUGAUGUUAUACCGCAGUGUUUCAAGACAACUGUUUCCUUGUCCAUUUUUUUUUUUUUGUUUGUUUUGUUUUGUUUUUUUUAAAUAUCUGACUGCUUUUUUUUGGCCGUGUGGGAGCCUCUGAUCAUAGAUGUGUUGUUGCAAAGUCAACAUCUCCAUGAUUUUCCACCUGUGGUUGAUUGUAAAGUCUUCAGAACCUUUUGUAAAACCUGUUUGUAAUAAAAGAAAAGCUAAAGCCAUAUGUAAAAAGACUAAAUAAAGGCCAGUUUUUCUACA